UUGGAGGCGGAGUCUGCCAGUCGGAGGGGGGCGGGGCUUAGCCGGCGAAAGGCGGAAGAGCGUUGCGCUGCGUAGCAGCAUGGAGGAGGUGGCGGCGGAGAGAAGCAACCUGGGUGGCGUGCGGCACAUCCUGCUGGUGCUCUCUGGGAAAGGCGGUGUGGGGAAGAGCACCAUCAGCACAGAGCUGGCUCUGUCACUGCGGCACUCGGGCAAGAAGGUGGGGAUCCUGGAUGUGGAUCUGUGUGGCCCCAGCAUACCCCGCAUGUUCAAGGUGCAGGACAAUGAUGUGCACCAGUGUGACGCCGGCUGGGUGCCGGUCUUUGUGGAUCAGGAGAAAAGCAUCUCACUGAUGUCUAUUGGCUUUCUGCUGGAGAAGCCAGAUGAUGCUGUGGUGUGGAGAGGACCCAAGAAAAACGCUUUAAUAAAGCAAUUUGUUGCUGAUGUGGCCUGGGGAGAACUGGAUUUCCUCAUCGUGGAUACGCCUCCAGGCACCUCUGAUGAACACAUCUCCACAGUGGAGGCCCUGCGGCCCUACAAGCCUUUGGGAGCAAUCCUAGUCACCACCCCUCAGGCAGUGUCUGUGGGAGACGUGAGGCGAGAGCUGACGUUCUGCAAGAAGACAGGCUUGCGAGUUCUUGGCAUUGUUGAGAACAUGAGUGGUUUCGUUUGCCCUCACUGCUCGGAGUGCACAAACAUCUUUUCCAAAGGGGGAGGCGAAGAGCUGGCCAAACAUGCUGGGGUCCCUUUUUUAGGCUCCGUUCCUCUGGACCCCCAACUCAGCCAGAGCUUGGAGGAAGGCAGAGACUUCAUCCAAGAGUUUCCCAAGAGCUCUGCCUUCCCUGCCUUGACUCGUAUUGCCCAGCAGAUCCUGGAUGGUGCAUUGCAGCAGAGCUCCUGAGGAGUGAUUUGGGCUGGACUCUUGCCUGGCAGCACCACCAACAGCCCUUGCUGGUGGGGAAUAGGAUGCAGAAGCUGUUGAUCUAUGGAGCUGUUACACUGGGGGAUGAUGGAGGGAGGAAGGAGCACAGCAUCAGUGCCUCUUUUGGCAACUCAAAAAGGGAAGUGCUGCUCUACCUCUCCACAUCCAAAGAUACUCUAUAUGGGCGUCUCUGCUCACGUGGAGGACGCACAGCCUGGUUCUUGCCUUCUAAAUGUGGCAGCACUCUGCCCACAUGGUACAGUUGUUUUUAGCCCCCUCAUGCAGUGCCUUCCUCUGCGACCAGCUAUUGCACAGAUAUUUGUGGAGCUCUAUCUUGUUUCCACAGCAUCUCAUGCUCUGCAGUGCAGCUAACGAUGACUGAAUGCAGCUACACUGGCAAGCAUCAUCAGUUGGGAUGGAUGUUCCCUCGCCAAGUUCAGAUGGCACGAAUCAUCUGCAUUGUAGCUCCAUGUGUUGCUGCCUUCUGCUGCUUUCCUUGCGUGAUACAAUACAUUACUUGGUUCAGCAGCUGGCAAGCUGGAUGCUGUGCUGUGGACCUGAGCCAAGGCAGCUCGCUCUGAAAGCUCCAGUUGUUGGUACAUUUUGCCUCUGAGGCACUGCAUAUGCUUCAUGUGUCUUCAGCAAGUCUAGUAUCCAUUUGAAGUCUGCAUCCGACCCCACUGGAAACAAUGCCUUUUUUCAUCUGCUGAGGGGUUACUGUGACUCAGGAAUAUUUUUUAACGUUCCAGACAGUAAACAUUUUUCUUAAAAUGCAAGUCUAUGAGUUGAGUUUUUUUCCAUGGCUUUGGGCCUCAUCGUAGCUGAGUCUUAACAGUAUUAACAGCACUUCAGAUACAUCUAGAUGUCUCCUGCUUCCCUCGUGUUUCCUUGCUGGGGCUCAGCUGUGGCUCUUCUCCAGCUUCUAGAUCCUGCUGUUGCCUGGUCUAGUUGAAAACAGGCCCCUGCAGUCCUUUGCAUCCUUUGCCACAGCCCUUCUCCACACCCCUGGCACACAUGGGGCUCCUCCAGCUCCCUGACGGUUCCUGGCUCGCUUCCUCUGGCUGUGCUGUCUCCUUGGGACUCCUUCCCUUGGCAGCUUCUCAUGAGCCCCUUCUGCCUCUGUGCCCUCUCUGUGAUCGGACCUCCACCUCGCAGUGCUGCUCUAGAGAGUCAAAAGAAACAGAUUCCUGCUGACC